AUGGAAACAUGGUUUUGGAUUCUUGGUUGGAUUCUGUCUAUCCUGACGAUUGCUGGAAAUGGAUUCAUCAUUUUCCUUGUGUGCAAUGCCAAGCAGCUCCGCACCAAAACCAAUGCCUUCAUCGUCUCGCUUGCAGUGGCGGAUUUCAGUGUUGGAGCGAGUGUCGUUCCCUUCUUCUUCGUUUGCGAUAUGGAAGGAAGCUGCCGCGAUUGGCCUGCACCGGUUCCGUUGUGUACAUAUGUCAUAAGAUGGCUUUUUGGUUACGCGUCUGUGAUUAAUUUGUGCGGUUUAGUACUUGAACGCUACAUCGCCGUCGCCAAACCCUUUAAAUAUCUGACUGUUAUGACCAACCGCCGAGUUAUUCAAAUGAUCAUCUUUUCUUGGGCAAUCCCUUUAGUUUUUGUCAUCGUUCUGCUAUUCAUGGUUAUGUAUAAUGUUUCAAUUUCUAUGUUUAUAAAUCUGUUUACACUUUUGGUGGAGUUUGUCGCAUGUUCUCUUAUAACUUUCUGCUUCGUCGCCAUGUUACGUGUUGUCUAUAAGCAAGACCGAGUGCCAACUAGCUUAGGAAAAGUGAGUCGUUUUAGCCAACAUCGCGACAAGUCUGCUAUUGUAAUGAUGACAAUUGUUGUAGCUUUGUUUCUUAUUUGCUAUAGCCUUUAUCUGCGCUGUAGUUUUGCAGGACUUCUAAACUUACCGUGUGAUGAUUUGAGUUAUAAAAUACCUCUGUUGAUUUUAAACUCCGCCAUUAAUCCUUGGGCGUAUGCUCUUUUCAAGAGGGAUAUAAGGGCAAUGGUUAAAAGACUGAUCCGUAGAGAAACUUCCAGGAACAAUAACAGUUUAAUGUCUAUUAUUUUAGCCAAUCGUUCUGCCGUAGGAACUCAAGUUGGCCUGACUUAGUAAAAUACUUCCGCCUUGCUCUUAUGAAGCUAACGGGAUUUGAAAUGGCUUUAUUAAUGACAAGUGAGCGUCGUUUUUUUUUAGAAAAGAGCGAAUGAAAUUCGAAAGUAAGGAAAAAAUUUUAACCCAGUAAAUGAUGUACGUAGUCGGUGAUGAGAAGGAGAUUUCACGAAGGAACUAGGCCGUUAAAGCAGCUGGUUGUGCACAUAGGUAGCUGGACCUUGUGGAUUUUAGUAUUUUCGUCUAAAGAGAGGGUUUGUGGUUAUGUUUUUACACUAAUUUUCAGGAAAAGACAGAACACUUGAAGAUUAUAUCGAAGUUAUCUGUUAGAGAGAAGAAGCGUUAUCGUAAUUUCUAGUGGGAAUAAAUUUUUAUCAUUGUUAAUUAAUAUUGUAAAAACUUGGUUGCAGAACAUUCUUGUGUGGUUUGCAUAUAUGAACUUCGGCUGUCUUAUUCCCCUGGUUCCCAGGCCUUUGAGUCACGUAGUCGAGCGGCCUUAUAGAACUCUACAAAGGCCUGGUUAACAGCUCGGCAGAAGCAAAACAACUGCUGAUUCCUCUUAAAGAAACUUUCAGGGACGUUAAAUCUGUAGCUUCUGUUUAACCUGGUCUUAUUUGGAUAGCUACAAAUCAGUAACAAGCUUAUGCAGCUAUACUAAAUUCGACACUGCUGUAAAGAAGCGUUGAAAGAAAAUAUUGAACUUUUAGUCAGCUGUGUUAAUUGACCACAAUAUAUAACUGUCACAACUUUUUUUUAUCUUUGUCUUAGUUCCGCCAUUUCAAUUUUAUCUGAGUAUGAUAUAUCAUAUACAAGUCUAUUUCUUAUAUAUCCCGUAACGGGCUAACUUUGGAAUAAAACUACGAAAUUAAAGUGAUCGCAGAUAUACAUAAUUACGGAUAGGGAACUGUCUUCCCAUUUUUUCUAAUAAAAUCAUUAACAAUUCAUGAGGAGAAAAAGGAAAUCCACGUCCGCGAAUGAGUUUGGGUGUCAUAUGAACUAAAUGAUCACAAUUAUAGUCAUAACUAUAACAAAAUUCUCAAAUCUGAUUGGCUAUCAACUGCCCUGAUUUUAGGCUUAAAUGGUUUUUUUUUUCACUGCUAGCAAAAAAGAAAAUUAGGUUUUUUCUGCUUUGGUUUUAAAAAGAGCUUUAUAUGUCAAAAAUUUUGUUAAAGUUAUGAUUAAUUGGUACCAGGACUGAGUGGAGUGCAAUUCGGUCUGUAAUCAUACGGAGUGAUUAACAAAAUCGGACGACCGCGUAGCGGGAGUCCGAUUUGUUUAAUCACGAGUGAUUACAGACCUUAUAAAUGGACUACACGAAGUUCAGUUCAGGCAGGCGUAUUUUGGGCGGGCGAAAGCUGCUUGUUUGUGUUCGUAUUGUUGUAGCCAUGCCACCAUCUUUGAUUUUAUGACUGGGAAAGAUUGAUGAGAGUAGAAAUAGUAACCGGGCACCUUCACCCUUUGACUUGCUCCAUUUCCUCCUCUCUUUUGGAGUUUCAACAUGGCGCUUUCGCGAGCAAAAACAUUCGCGCGCCGCAAGAAAACGCCUGCAUUGCAGGCUACCACUAUCCUCCUCUUCCUCCUCCUCCUCCUCCUCCUCCUCAUCAUCAUCAUCAUCAUCAUCAUCAUCAUCAUCAUCAUCAUCAUCAUCAUCAUCAUUAUCAGUCCCUUACACCACGACAACACAAUGCUACUCAUCUUGCAAAACGCACAUCAUCAAUUACUGCCAGUCAGGACAACAUUUCUUGUUAAUCUCAAAAUCUAUUUAUAAUGAAUGUAAAAAGGGAGUUAUAGGAACAUUGGAGAGACAGAUCGUAUCCCCAACAUGCCAAUAACUUAAGCGAUCACAUAAGUUCUGGUUAUUCAUGGUGUCAACAGUUUCAGGGCAAAGAAAGAUCAAGAAAGACGUUGGCAGUCAGAUAGACUGAAGGCAUUGCUUUCCUUUUCUUUCCUUUCUCCUACUCCCGUUUCACUACGUAUACAUUACUACCAAUCUGACCCCUGAAUCAAAGACCUUCAUUUUAUUUCCGACGCUAUAACUUACACGCAGCAAAGUAGACUAGGUUAUACAGAAAGGCGAAGCCUUCUUUAAUUUUAAAUCACCGAUGCUAGGACACUGUACACUGAUCAGUCCUUAUAAGGAGGAUCGCAUACUCAGUUUUGAGUAUAACUAAGAGGUAAACUAUCACUCAGAAACCAUUUUUAAUUAGCAACGCCAGUAAGGUUAUUAUGACGCUUUGAUUUACCUGUAGGUUUAUUGCAUGCACCUGCUCCAAGUGCCAAGUCAGUUUUAAAGGCCUCAUGUCCCGGAAUAAAGUGAUGCAAGCUUCUGACCACUAUCAACGAGUAAAAAAUAAGCGCACUAGAAAGUAGGCACUGAAAUAGCACAAAAGGAUGAUGAUGAUGAUGAUGAUGAUGAUGAUAAACUUUAUUUCAGUGUCAGGUCUUCUAGCUGGCUAUGUCAGGCCUACUAAUAGGGGACACUAAAUUAAAAUACUAUCAGCUCUACUAAUUAAUAUAAAAAAUAUAUAUAUUUACAAAGAAUAGAAUUUACAAAAAUAUAAUUUUAAAAAAAAAAUGUCAAUAAAACGUUUUCGGAUUUAUCAUAUAAAAUAAUACCAUAUAUAUAGCGAGGUUUGUCUAGCUUAAACAUGUCCUUUAUGUACGGAGGGCAUAUAUUGUACUUUGCCUUAUACAUAAUUAUGGCUAUAUCCUGCAAUCGGCGACAGCCUGGUGUCGUGAGUUUAGCUUUUCUCAAGAGCUCAUCGUAUGAACUUCUCGUAUCGCCGUAGACGGCUCUAUUAGCGCUCGCUCUUGUACUCGCUCCAUCUGUCUGCUAUCCAGUGCCCGACAGAAAUGCCACACUGUAUGACAGUAUGUAAUUUGAGGCAUUAUGAAAGAAGUGAAAAUCUUAAGUUUGGCUGAUGUUGUUAACAUGUUUCUAAAUUACUCGGACAAACAUUUCAUUGGCCUAAUAGAUCUCUUUCAAGAACGUCAACUUUGAAAAUAUGAUAAAUUCGGCUAAAUUGGCUGGGUAGGCGAUUUCUAUUGCAUAUUAUUUAAUAAUUAAAUUUGGUUUUGACUUAGAGUCAUAACUAAAAUUUCGUUGCAAAUUAGAUGUGACAAAAGCUGAUAACCACGGAACAAUUACAAUGCAAACUAAAAAGAACUUUUUGGAUAGGUUCAAGAGACUAUAAAGGGGACAGAGAGGGCAUCCCCCAUAUACACCCUAUUCCAUAGGUAAUUCGUCUCGAGUUAUUUUUAGAAUCGGGAUAAAGUUACCUCGCGCGAGGCGUGGAUGUUUCGUGGAGGUUUCGCAUGACCAAACGCCGUGCAAAACAUGUCGGGCGAGAGACAAUGAAAGCGUAAAAAGAUCGAGAGCAUUCCUGAAUAUUGAAGCGAAAUGAGUCGGCGCUCACCUGGGAAAAAGGAAUCGCUGGACUCUUUGACAACCCGUGAAAUCAGUUUAACUCGAAGUUGUCGUAACCUCAGUGCUUUAAUAAAAUGAGAAAUUUCGCCGGUCUAUUGAAACCGGUCGUUUGUACAAUUUAGGGAGUUUAAGAUCCAACGACGCGGACGACAACUAGAACGUCAAAAAAACAAUAGGUUUAAUUAGCAAAACAACAACUUCGCACGUGCAACACACUUUUUUGUUCAUUUCUUUCCCGUUUUUGCACGACUACGACGUGAAAAUGCCUAAUUUCGCGUUUUAUGGAGGACGUAAAUAAGCAACGACGAAAUUUUAUUUCUCUUUCUGAGCUUGAAUAUGGUCCCUUGAAAUUCAGCUUUAGGAGGGUUCGCCUACAAUUGACAAAGUAAGUGGGUAGGAAUAAUCGCUAUAAAGACUGAAAAAAAUAAACAUCAAACCAGAAAUUGCUCUCUUCAAACUGUAAAUUAUAAAUGAUCCUGAGAGAAUAUUCAGUGUGUUAAGGAUUUCCCUGCUCUACUGUUAGCUCUAUACAAGAGAGGAAGGGCGAUUCUUUUUUAAUUUCGGUUUCGCUGACACAGCUUUCGCAGAAAUCUCGCUGUAGUCGUUUUCGUCGACAAAAGGAAUAGCAAAAUCGCUCUCCGCGUCUUCCCCCAUUUUGUUCUGCGUCAUUUCGUGAAGGACGCGUGGCUCUCAGCGUGGGUCAUCCACGCGGAACACAUUCGCGCUAUGUGAUUGGCUGUUGUCUAAUCCCCCUUGAGAUCUGUGGUGUUAAAAAUAACUCGAGACGAAUUACCUAUGGAAUAGGGUGUAUAUGGGGGAUGCCCUCUCUGUUCCUUUUAUAGUCUCUUGAUAGGUUUUAAUAACAGUCUCAACAGUCUUCUGUGUACGCAACAAGGAAUUAAAAGUUUCUUUUCUUUAAAUAAUGACACAGCAGAUGUUGAAUAUUCACUGAGAAGAUUGCUCUGCCAUUAACAAAUUAACUUUAUGCUAUAUCCUUAUGCAUGCAUUAAGACCACCACGGUAUGAAAUUAAACUGCUUUGGUUUACUGAAUUGUUUAUUGGUUUAGAGGCAACCAACUACCGAACAACUGACCAACCAGGAAACUUUCCAUGACUGUUAUGUGUUUAGCAUAUGUAGCCGGUGUUUUCGAUCAGAAAAUAAUUUGAAUUUCGCAAAACAAGAAAUAGUUCGAUCUAUCAGAUUAUCAAGCAGGCUAUUUUCAAAUAACGAAAAUUGAAUUAUGGUUUUGGAUUCUUGGCUGGAUUCUGUCUAUCCUGACGAUAGCUGGAAAUGGACUCAUCAUCUUCCUUGUGUGCAAUAAAAGGCAGCUCCGCACUAAAACCAACGCCUUUAUUGUCUCGCUGGCCGUGGCGGAUUUCUUUGUUGGAGUGAGCGUUGUUCCUUCCUCUUUCAUUUGCGAUAUUACAGGAGGUUGCGAUUCGCCUGCAGCGGGUCGUAAAUUGACAAGAGUCAUCCGAUUUCUGUUUGGUUUCGCAUCUGCGUUAAACUUGUGCAGUUUAGUACUGGAUCGAUACAUUGCUGUUGUCAAACCUUUCAAAUAUCUAACUUUCAUGACCAGCUGUCGCGUCAUUCAAUUUAUUUUCUUCUCGUGGACAAUUCCCUUAGGAUUCGCAACCAUCCUGCCUUUUUUGGUUCUUCCAAUUUUGCGGUCUUCUACAAACUUCUUCUGGAUGAGCUUGGAGAUUUUUUCAUGCUGUGUCGUAACAUUCUGCACUUUCUCCAUGGUUCGUAUUGCACUGAAACAUGAUCAAUUAUCAGUCAUCUUGGCAAAACAGUUACGUUUUAACCACAGUGGCUUGAGACUCAAAACUCCCGACAAAUCAGCGAUUAAAAUGAUGGCAAUUGUUGUAGGUUUGUUUCUUACUUGCUAUGGAAUUUAUCUACGCUGUGAUUUUGUAUUAUUAUUUUUUCACGAACCUUCCUGUAACGAUGUCAGAUAUAAAAUACCAAUAUUCGUUUCAAACUCUGCCGUUAACCCUUUUACCUAUGCUUUCUUCAAAAGGGACAUAAAGAAGGAGAUUAAAAAACUAGUGUGUAGAACAACGUUUAAAAAGGAUAACAGGAUAGAAACCUUUGAUAGAAGCAAUUCAUGUAGUAAUAUAUGAAAUGUACUUCGCUGGACAUUUUUUGAUCCCAUGUGCAUGAUAAACUCAGUUAUGGAGUCAGGGUAUAUUACCGUUGAAUACGUGGUUUAUUACUGGACGGAAACAAUGCUCAGGGUCUUGAAAUAUAAAGGAGAAGGUAUUGUCUUAAUGCCCUACAUUGACCUACAAACUGCUCACAGCUUCACGUACAUGGCCAGGUACUAAACAUGUAUGGCGGUCCUUUCUCUGCGCAGAGACAUAGAAACAGCGUUCCUCAGUACACCCUUCCAGGGUUUUUUUUUUUUUACAACUUUUGGCAUGUAACUGAUGAGUUAGAGAAAAUCCGUCAACGCCACUGGAAAGAGGGCCUAAAUAUUAGUAAACUUGCCAAUUUGGAAAAAUUUGGAAAGUGAUACGUCAAAAGCUUGCAAAGAUACUUAGCUCGGUAAAGUUGCAAAAAUUUACAGUAGAAGUUUGAAUGCUGUAGGGGCAGGGAAAGGGGGUUGAUGGAACCCCUCUCUGAAGUUUUUGACAUGUUACAGUUUUUCGAAAAGAUUUUACCUUAAGCGAAAAUGCCUUGAUCUUCUCGACAAGAUCAGUGAGGCAUAUUUUAGAAAAUCCUUAAAUAAGAAUGACCAAGACCGGGUUUUAUGAGCCCACCGAGAUUGAGCACCCCACCCAAACCCUUGUUUUCGCUAAAACCGCUGGACGCCAGCCUGGUUGAGGUUAUUGUUAUCUAAGGUCUUCCUAUAUUUUAUGGGCGGUUGCCCUGCUAGAGGCCUGUGACGUCACCAAACAUAUUCGCCAUCUUGGCCGCCAUUUUUGAUUUUACCAAGAAUUUGAUCAGGUAAAAACGGCUAACAUGUCAAAUAACACAUAAAAUACAAGUACUUUUCCUUCAUUUUAUCCGCAAGUGUUACUUUUAUCGUUAGAGGAAGUUGAAAAAACAUACAUUUUCAUUCAAAAAUGGCUUGACCACCUGCUACUUAUGAUGUCAUAUUUCGUAACCAUGGUAACCGAUCAUCACUAAACUUAUCUCAAAAUGCACGCAAGGGAUAAACGAACAGCUGCUGUAAACGUCGGAUGCUCAUGUUUGAUCUUCUAGGGAAACUCAGAAAAACCUCAGAAGGGGGAGGCAUACAACCACCAUGUAGGUCCGAGGGUUAAUAAAAAGAUUUUAUAAUAUGCGGGCGUCAUAAUUUCACUAAGACUAGUUUAUCCGAAGACGGAGGUUUGUUAUUCUUUUUGCCCCAGUUGGUCAAAACGUGGAUAAGGCUAUCCAUCGAAUAAUUCUUUAUCCACUGCAUAGCGCAAUUGGUUUUCUUAAUACCUAUCCACUGUAUAGUCUUAUACUGAUUUAUCUGACCCCAAAAAAGAUACGGAUAACGAUAUCCACUGGUUAAAUCUCUAUCCAGGGGAUAGCGCAAUUGGUUUUCCUAUUACUUAUCCGCUGGGUAGUAAUUUAUCCGAUGGAUUGCGGUAUCUAACGUUUGAACAACUGGGCCCUAGUAGAUAGCGCUAUGGCCAACGGGGACAUGUUUAUCUAAAGCAGCACGAAUUUCAUUUUCCAUAAUUACGAAGUCCAUUAUGGACGAACUUUUCGUUUUUUUGUUUGUUUUUUUUUCUUGUUGUUUUUUUUUUCCGAUCUUCAAGUCUCCCGGCCGUUAGUGAGAAUUAACAAUAGCUGAAUCAUGACAAAAUGAGACAGAGUGGCUUCUUGCGUUUGACAACAGGUCGGAGCUUCAAGUCUCCACGAAUUUACCUUUCGCUGAGCUAACUGAAGACAAGUUCAUUUAAAGUAAAGUAGAACGAAGCUGAAAACGACCCAGCUAAUUGUUCUAAAUGCUUUUUGCGUUUUGUCACUUUACUGGCCACAUUUGCCCCUAAAUCCCAUCUAAUGAUGACCACACAAGCCAAAAAGGGACGGGAAUUUCCACGCUUUGCAUAAAAGUUUAAUAUUUACUGUUGACAUUCAACAAAGUUUUUAUGGCUCAAUUAAUAUCAGUUAAUGAUUUCACAACAGGUGAAUCAAGAAAAAUAAAACAGAGCGGCCUAUUUGCAUUUAAUAACAGGAUACUGAAGACUCCAGAAAAUUGUUUUUCGUUGAGUUAAGCGUGAGUUUCUUUUGAACAGACCCUUCUAACUGGUCUAUUAUUAAAUAAAUGCUUUUGCUGUCCUACAGUCAACUUAGCAAUGUAUCAUAAAUUGACAUAUAUAUCAAAUGGUAUAAAUUAUGUUCUAAAAAUAAGGCGCAAACCUUACCAGAUGUUUAUAAGAUAUCAUUACCUUUCUUUCCGAUCGAGGAGCGUAUAAAGCUUCCAGUUAAGGUUAUGUUCCACGAUCACAACAUGGUAGCUUGAAUUUGAAUUUUUGGAUGAAGAAUCGCCGUUAACACAUUUAUUGAUCGCAGUUACUAUUAGUCGUACCUCCUGCCUUUUACCAGAAAUAGCAGAAACUGUGUUUUUUUCCAUCAGCUCCAAGCUGAACGUAAGCUGAAGUUGUUCUAUUUCAAUGGAAACUUGGUUCACGAUUGUUGGUUGGACACUAUCCAUUGUGGCGGCGGUUGGAAAUGGUUCCAUUAUUUUUCUUGUUUGCAGCAAACGACGGCUCCUCACUAAAACCAACGCUUUUAUCAUUUCCGUUGCAGUAGCGGAUCUCGGUGUCGGGGCUAGCGUUUUCCCUUCAGAGUUUUUCUGCGAAAUCGUUAAAACUAGCCAUAAUUCGUCUUCAAGAUGUAAGAUCUAUGGUUGGCGAUUACGAUGGCUGUUCGGCUACGCAUCUGUGACAAGCUUGUGUUGUUUAGUUCUGGAUCGUUACGUGGCGAUUGUUAAGCCUUUAAAGUAUCUAAAUUUUAUGAGCCGAGGUCGUGUUAUCAAAAUGAUUUUUGUUUCCUGGGCAAUCCCUGUGGGAUUUGUCAUAACUUCAUUCUUACCUGCUCCAGUUAGACACAAUAUUACUAACAUAUUUGUUAUGUUUUGGGAGAUUUUUUCAUGCUGCUUUCUAAUAUUCUGCUUUUCCUCUAUGAUACUUGUCGUAUAUAAACAUGAUAGAUCGUCAGCUGCCUUAGCAAAACAGCUACGAAAUAUUACUAACAUAUUUGUUAUGUUUUGGGAGAUUUUUUCAUGCUGCUUUCUAAUAUUCUGCUUUUCCUCUAUGAUACUUGUCGUAUAUAAACAUGAUAGAUCGUCAGCUGCCUUAGCAAAACAGCUACGGUUCAACCACAGAGAUUUGACAGUCAGAAGUCAGGACAGAUCAGCAGUAACAAUGAUGGCGAUUGUAAUCGUCGUGUUUCUCGUCUGCUAUGGAAUAUAUUUGCGCUGCAGUUUAGUAUUGCUUCUUUAUAAUUCCCGUUGUAAUGAUGAAGUCUAUAAAAUACCCAUGUUAGUCCUGAAUUCCGCCAUCAACCCUUGGGCAUAUGCAUUCUUCAAGAGGGACAUAAAGAAGGAAAUGAUUAAGAAAUUGAUUUGCAGAAAAACCAGGGAGAAACUGCAAAAUCAAUAACUAUUAUUUUAAAACUGCAAGAUUUUUGUUAAUACUUUGCGUUUACAGUGGUUUAAGUCUAAAAAUCAAACAAUGUUAAAUCCUCCAUUAAAAUCCUUGUAAGCAAAUGGGUACAGUUUUGACAGUUUUGUGUAAUGGAAACUUUAUUUGUGUUUUUGAAUGUACAAUUGUAAAUUUCGCUACGUAUUGGUAAUUUACAAAUGCUGCUUGAGAUUAGAUUAUUCAACAAAAAAAUCAAAACCAAAAAUAAAAAAAAGAAAGGAAGGAAAAGAAAAGAAAUCAACAUUGCAGUAAGUCUGGGCUAUCCCAAUUCCUAUUUCUACGACAAAAGAUGUAGUAUGUUGCUCUAAUGGCUAUAUGAUCAUUUUCUUGAUUAUUAUAAAGUUGCUGCUUUUUGUCAAGGUCUAAGAACGUGGAGCAUUCAUCGGCGAAAACGCCAAGGGAGCUCAUGGAGAGAUUUACAAAUUUCGCACAUCUGUAAUUUCUACUCAUUUCGUUGAUCAGUGCAAGUUCAGAUGUUUGUCUUUUUUACGCACUUCAUUGUUGUUAAGGUUAGACUCGAAACCAACUCAGUGUUAAUUCUAGAACAUAUAGACACUUGGACUGGGUUAGGAAAAGAAGAUCUAGACGAUAAUUUUCACCAGUUAUUAUUGAGGGAUUCAGAAAACCAUUUACGUCUGCAUGGAGUGAAGAGUCAACAUUAAUUACAGGUUGAAAUGACUUGGCAAUGAAGUUAAGGAAUGAUCGAGUCAUGUCUCUAGGUAAAGCGAUCAAGGUACUGUUGACAACCGGCGACAACAUGAAAGAGUGAUUCAGGAUUUAAAGGCAAAAGGAGCAAUCAGGACUUUGUGAUAAUCCCCAUCUUGCCAUAUUCUUACGUGUAGGGAGGGAGUUGUUGAUGUAGCGGAUGGUAAAAUUGUAAAUGUUUUUGGGUAGAUGAGACUGGGCCUCUGACCAAAUAGAAUAAUAAUAAUAAUUAGUAAUAAAUAAUUUUAUUACUUAUAACGCACAAAUUUGCACUCUUGAUGUACAUGUAUAUUAUCAAAUGCGCUUAAGGAGAAGAUGAACUCUAGAGUUAAUGCCUGUAAGACAACAGUAUAUUAAAAUAUGAGUCGAAAAUUAUUUCUAUUCUAGAUCUAUUAUUAGCUAUUAUUAUCAUUUAAUUAAUACCUUCCCUUAUCGUGCUUUUGAUCCCAUACUCUCAGGCAGUGUUUUGGCAGAUAAAUUGUCAAAGACAUCGAACAAUAGACAUUUUCCAUAAUAAUUAUUAAGCGGACUUUGAAAACUAAAUUACAGGGAGAAAUGUGUUAGGGAUUGAAAGAAAGUUGUCUAGGGAUCUUGACUUCACGUUAACCUACACAAACUCAUGAUCAAGAAACCUUUGUUUGUAAUUGCUCUAUAAAUUAAAAGCACAUCGCAAUUAAGGUUUGCAGCAACUGUUAAGCCUGAGAAAACAGACUUUUGCGACGGCAUCACUGGUUUCCCCGCGAAAUAAAGUCUGAGGAACGAGCAUAGAAAUUCCAUGCUGAUGACCUGUCACCACACAGAUCUGGAUAGUGCUUCUGAUUGGUUGACGCAAAAUUUCCCUCGGGACGCCCUACUCAGAUCUUAGGUAGUGACACGUCAUAUGGAAAUGCUGUUUCAGCCGUUCCUCAUUCGUCAUUAGAAUAGUGACCUUACGCAACAGGAUGGGAGAGGAAAGAUUGACUGUCCCAUGAUAAUCAGGGAUAAUUGUAAAAUGUCCAUUAUAAGUUUGGUUAGGUCAUUGGUAUACAGUGCAUAGAUCAGGUAAACUUUGUAUGACGUUUCAUGGGGGUUACAUAAAAUGGUCGGUAUUAAAAAAUACUAAAUUAAAAAAGCCCUGCGAGCUUAUAUGUAAACGAGUGUCCGUUAUAAGUAGAUUCCACUAAGUAUUCUUGUAACAAAACCAAUGCAUGCAAGUGGCCUCCUAAAAGUUCGCCUCUCUGAUGAAAGUCUUUGAUAUUUUAAAGGAGGCUGUUUGGUUACCGGGUCCGACCUCCGGGAUGGAUUUCCCUUUGCGUGUUGCAAAUUAAUUAUCUGCUUCGCCUUCACCAAAUACGUUCAAAUCUGGCUGGGAUCUAACUCUCUACAAACUGAGCAAGGGUAAUCAUAUAACUUUCAUAAAGCUUUAUCGUUGGCUCUGAAUAAUGGGUUUCAACUAAUUGUCUAAAUACAACACGAAUCUCAAGCCUGACUUGCUUAUAUUUUGAAAAGAAAUCUAAGAGCCCUUCGAUCUUCCUUGUUUUUGUUUUUGUCUUUUUUUUUUUUUUGUUUUUUUUUUUUUUUUCAAAACAUGAUCAAUAAAUUAUUUGAUAAUUAUUCCGCAGUUAUUUUUUUAACGGAUGAGUAAUUAACUAAUAACUACAAGGCCAAGCCGGUCCUUAUCCAGAACUAAACUCAAAACUCCCCGUAGUGUGUGUUGAAAAUAGAUCGUAAAAGCGCGUCAAGAAAAGAAAAACGUUAACAUAUUUUGCCCUGAUCGUCACAAAUAAUUCAACUAAAGCUUUCCUACUUCAUAAUAAUAAAAAAUACUCGAGAAAAACUUGCACGGAGAACCAAAAUUUCCAAUAAUAGCAUACCUCCUAAUAUGUCCUCCUUUUAAAAGAAGGGAAUAUCUUUGAAAUAGAUAUAGUAAUUAAUAAAUAGUCUGUUUAGAGAAAUUGCUGACUCGCUUGUAUUUAAUUUGUAUUUGUAUUUAAUUUUUACUCUAUCCUAUAGUUGUAAUACAUUAGUUGUACAAUAUUAAUUAGUACAAGGUUGUUUAAACUACGUGUACCUGAUAAGAAAAAAAAGAAAAAAAUUAGAAUGGAGAAGGGCACGUGAUAGUAAAACUGACUAAUUAUGGCCUUUUAACAAGAUUGACUUUAUUCUAUAGCUUAAUGUUAUUCAUUAAAACACAAACACGCACGCACGCACACACGCACGUAAGUCAAUAUUGAGCAAAAUAAUAUUUUUUAAGUGCGUUUUUGAACAGGAACUCUUACACGAAAAACUAAAUUAUUUAAACACACAUAAAACGCAACAAAUAACACUAAACUAGUCAGCUUCAAAAGAAGCAGCCAUCAUCAUCGCUGACCGCUUUGGAUUCACUUGUUGUCAAAGUGUAAUUAUUGUGUGAUAUAUAUGCAUAAGUCAGUACAACACUAAGUAAAAUCGGAGCAGGUGAAUGCAGGUGCUUUCAUUUUCUCGUUAGGAGUAUUGAUCGUAGCCAAGAUAGAGUAAUCAUACAGUAUGGAAAUCUGGUUUUGGGUUCUUGGCUGGGCUCUUUCGGUUCUGACGAUAACUGGAAAUGGCUUCAUUAUCUCCCUUGUUGGCCGCAAGCGACCUCUCCGCACCAAAACCAACGCGUUCAUAGCUUCGCUUGCUGUGGCAGAUUUUCUUGUUGGAGUGGGCGUCGUUCCUUCUCUCUUCUUCUGCGAGAUCUCAGGAGGCAGGUGUAAAUGGUCUCGAACCUGGUCGAUCUGGCUCCCUAGGUUAAUACGAUGGCUAUUGGGAUACGCGUCGGCAUUCAAUUUGUGCAGCUUGGUGACAGAUCGCUAUAUAGCUAUUGUAAAGCCUUUAAAAUACGUAACGUGCGUAACUGCACGUCGAGUGAUUCAAAUGCACGAUAUUCCUUUCUUGGGCGAUCCCCUUUGGAUUUGUGACGACUACAUUUUUCCUUGUUUUGUUUAGGAUUGAAUACCCGGGUUUUAUAAAUACUUCAACGAUGUUCUUUGAGGUCGCGUCAUGUUCUGCAUGAUGUGGAUCAGUUGGAUCAGUUUAGAUAUCUGGGCAACCGAGCUCGAUACGAGUUUAUCGAGCUCGACAUGUCAACCGUCCUCGAUAAACAAAUGGAGCUCAGGAAACCGAGCUCGAUACGGGUUUAUCGAAGUCGAUAUAUCGGAUCAGUUUAGCGAUCAGUUUAGUUUUCUGGGCAACCGAGCUCGAUACGAGUUUAUCGAGCUCGAUAUGUCAACCGGCCUCGAUUUGUCGAUACCGAGCUCGAGGCCUCUCACUCUUCCGGGGGGACAAAGUAGAAAUGGUUAUCGAGCUCGAUGACUUAUCGAGCUCGGUGACUUAUCGAGCUCGGUUUUUCAAGAGAAGAAAAAAAGAGAAAAAAUGGAAAUUAAAGCAAUAACGACCACAUUGAGUACAAAAUCUACAACGCCUUCUCGUUCUCAAUUCGUUACGGACAAAAGACAUUGGGUGGCUGGUCGAUUAAUGUUGUUGUGGCGGAGAGUCUUUUAAAAAAAUAUUUUGUAUUUUUAAAAAAAUAUUGACAAAAGACAUUAUAAAUUACCUAUAUUGAUCUUAAACUCCACCAUAAACCCUUGGGUGCACGCUUUCUUCAAGAGGGACAUAAAAAAGGAGACAAGAAAGCUGAUCUGCAGAGCGACUUCAAAAAAGGAUCGAUAACAAAGUAGAUCCUAUCAGGGAAGCCCAUCAUUUUACGGUGGGUAAAUGUAGCUCGACUUUGUCAACAGUCCAUUAAGAACAAAAUGUCAAGCAAUUGAGGAUAUAUACUACUGUCUCUUACUAUUUAUGUCACAUCGUCAAAGCAUUGACAAAACGCACGUAUUCAUCAAUCCUAAACAAAACAAGGAAAAAUUAAUGUAGUUGUCACAAAUCCAAAAGGGGUCGCCCAAGUAUGUCAUACCUCAAAAAACAGAAAAAAGAAGCAAAAUUUAGAUGCUAAGGGAAAAAUUUUCAAUAUUGUUCAUCUUUUAACGAUAGAAAAAUGGGAGAAUGUCCACUUUAAACUCUUGGCAGAGUUUCAGGAUUCUUCGAAGAGGCGCAUUAGCGUUUUAAUGAAAACUAUAUUUCUUUGGGUAAACCUAUUAAUAUAUAGUAAGAGUAAACAUUACCGGUUGCAUUGCCGGUUAAGCAUGCAUGGGUUUCAGCUGUACCAGUUUUAUUUAAUAAACCAUUGAGCAGCUUUUCCGUACAUUGACGUGUGCUCAAUUUGCCGUGAGGUUGUAAUUUUUAAUAUGCUAAAGUAUAAAAACGAACAGCUGUGAACGUCCGGUGCUGAUGUUCGACUUUCUGUGUUCACUGAAUAUAUAGCGCAGUUGGUUUUCCUAAUACUUAUCCACUGGAUAAUGAUUUAUGUGGUGGAUCGAUAGCGCUAUCAAUCUUUUGAACGACCAGGGAAUGUUUGGCAGGAGCAAGAAUUACAUAUCCCAUGAUUACGAAGUCCAAAGGACGAGUUUUGGUUAUUUGUCCAUUUAUUUGUUUGUUUGUUUCGAUCUUUAAGUCUCCCGGCAUUAGUCAUCAGAAUCAACAAUAGUUGAGUCCUGAAUUUUUUUUUCAGGCUUCUUUAUCAUUUCUUCAUUUUCAAUAGUUGAACCAUGACAAAAUAACUGCAGAGAGGCUUGUUGCGUCUGAUAACACAAGGGGUUUCAAGUCUCCACGAAUUUCCCAUUCGUUGAAUUAACACUUUCAGUUACAAGUAAAGUAGAAGGUAGCUACCCCUCUAAUUUUUCUAAAUUUUUUUUUGUGUUUUGUCACUAACUGCAGGCGCAGAUCCCGGAUAAAUACUGACCGAUUUCCUAAACUAGAACCGAAGGUGGAAGUUUCGGUGGGGUGGGGAAGGGGACUCCGGGCUAUGAGUCACGUAUCGUGAAAUUUUUCGGAUUUUAACUCCAAAAAGUCCCCUUUGCUGGGUUUCUAAGUCGUUCACACAGGAUAUUUCUCAGUUCCAUUCUCUUCGGGUGAUCUUUGCAAAUCGGCCGAUUAUUUCAUCAAAGUAAACUUCCAUGUUGUAUGUUGGAUAUGGAGCAAGAUUGCAGCUUGGAGAGUUUUUUAUUAUUAAAAAUAUAUUUACUAUGAAAAAUCUGACCGAUUUUAGUAAAACGGUGGAAGUCGGUGUGGAUCCGCGCCUGAACGGAUCACCGUAAAAUUGCCCCUAAAUCAUAUCCCUCUAAUGACGAGUAAGUCAAAAACGGACGGGAAUUUCCAGGCUUUGUAUAAACGUUUAUUUAUUGUUGACAUUGAACAAAGUUUUAAUCGCUCAAUUAAUAUCGGUUAUUAGAUUUCACAGCAAGUGAAUCAAGAAACAAAAUACAGAGCAGCUUAUUUGCAUUUAAUAACAGGAUCCUGAAGUCUCCAAUAAAUUGUUUUUCGUUGAGUUAAACGAGAGCUUCUUUAAACUGACCCUUCUAAUUGGUCUUAAUGCAAUUUGCUGUCCUACAGCCAUCUAAGCAAUGAUUGUCAGGUCAUUCAUUGACGCAUAUAUGGUAUAUUAUGUUCUUAAGAUAAGCCGCAAACGUUACCAGAUGUUUAAAAGAUAUCCUUACCUUUCCUUCCGAUCGAGGACCUCAAUCAACGCGAACUUAAAGCUUUCAGCUAGAGUUUAUGUUCAACGAUCACAACAUUGUAACUUGGAUUUGGAUUCAGUUUGGAUGAAGAAUCGCCGUGAACAGACUCUUUGAUCGCAUUUACUUUUAGUCGCACCUACUUACCGUAACCAGAAGUAGCAAAUUUCCAGUUGAGGUGCUGAUAAAAAGUCAGUGUCAGAUACCUUCGUUUAGAAACAAAAACUAUCUCUUCAGUAUAUUCGACAGCUCUAAGCUGAAGUUGUGAAUGGAAACUUGGUUUACGAUCCUUGGUUGGACACUAUCCAUUGUGGCGGCGGCUGGAAAUGGCUCCAUUAUUUUUCUUGUUUGCAGCAAACGACGGCUCCUCACUAAAACCAACGCUUUUAUCAUUUCUCUUGCAGUAGCGGAUCUCGGUGUAGGGGCUAGCGUUUUCCCUUCAGAGGUUUUCUACGAAAUCGUCAAAACUAGCGACGAUUCGCGAUCGUCUUUAAGAUGUAAUAUCAAUCGAAUACGAUGGCUGGUCGGCUACGCAUCAGUGACAAGCUUGUGCAGUUUAGUUCUGGAUCGUUACGUGGCGAUUGUUACGCCUUUAAAGUAUCUAAAUUUUAUGAGCCGAGGUCGUGUUAUCCAAAUGAUUUUUGUUUCCUGGGCAAUCCCUGUGGGAUUUGUCAUAACUUCAUUUUUCUUACCUGCUCCCGUUAAGCGGAAUUUUGUCAACAUAUUUGCGAUGUUUUGGGAGAUUUUCUCAUGCUGCUUUCUAAUAUUCUGCUUUUCCUCUAUGAUAUUUGUCGUAUAUAAACAUGAUAGAUCGUCAGCCACCUUAGCAAAGCAGCUACGCUUCAACCACAGAGAUUUGACAGUCAGAAGUCAGGACAGAUCAGCAGUAACAAUGAUGGCGAUUGUAAUAGUCGUGUUUCUCGUCUGCUAUGGAAUAUAUUUGCGCUGCAGUUUAGUAUCACUUCUUUAUUAUCCCCGUUGUAAUGAUAAAGUCUAUAAAAUACCCAUGUUAGUCCUGAAUUCCGCCAUCAACCCUUGGGUCUAUGCAUUCUUCAAGAGGGACAUAAAGAAAGAGAUCAUUAAGAAAUUGAUUUGC